UUCUAAGGAGUGCCAGUUCCCUGGGAAGGGGUCAGUUUCCCUUUAGUCACUGUCUUCCCUAACAGCUUCCUGUUUAGCUGCCUGGAGUGAUUUGGGGUGACUCAGGGGUACCUUACACAACCCCAGAUUCCUGGGAAGUGGCAAAGGUAGUAAGUUACAGAUCCUGUCCACAAACACCUAUGGGAGGCAGAGAAAUCUAAAAACUAGAGGGUGGGGCUGCUUAAUCCCCCCCACACACACAUGGUCGAGAACAGAAGGGGGUGUUGAGAUCUGUGAAAGGUCUCUGAAUGUGAAACCCAGGGCUGCCUGCCUCAGUUCCGGUGCGUAGCCCCAGCUCUGGGCCAUACUGCAGUCUGGCCAUGUUCCAGCAGCACCCAGCAGGCUCAGCAGGUCCAUGGGCGUGGCACUGCCCAGUGGUGGAGCCAGCCUACACUGGCUCAGCAGGCAGGCUCGGCCCGGGCAUCAGAUCCCUUUGGGACUGGGAAGGCUGUGCUUUUGACAGAAGCCUGCUGCGGAGCCAGGGCUAUGAUCCCCCUCCUGUACUUUGUUCUGCCCACCCUGGGCAGUUACAUCAUGCUCUCCAUCUUCUUCCUGCGCCGACCUCAUCUGCUGCACACACCCAGAGCUCCUGUCUUCCCUAUCUGCCUGGCUGCCCACCGUGGAGGGUCUGGGGAGCGGCUGGAAAACACCAUGGAGGCAGUAGAAAAUUCCAUGGCCCAGCGAGCAGAUCUCUUGGAAUUUGACUGCCAGCUCACCCGAGAUGGUGUGGUGGUAGUGUCACACGACAAGAACCUGUCCCGCCAGUCAGGCCUAAAUAAGGAUGUGAACACCCUGGCCUUUGAGGAACUGCCCCUCUACAAGGAAGAACUGGAGAUUUACUUCUCGCCGGGCCAUUUUGCCCACGGGUCAGACCGGCACAUGAUUAGUUUGGAGGAUGUAUUCCAGAAAUUUCCUAGGACUCCCAUGAGCUUGGAGAUCAAAGAAAAAAAUGAAGAACUCAUUCACAAGGUAGCCAACCUGACCAGGCACUUUGACCGGAGCGAGAUUACUAUUUGGGCUUCAGAGAAGAGCUCAGUCAUGAAGAGAUGCAAGGCUGCUAAUCCUGAGAUGCCCAUGGCCUUCACAAUAUGGCGAUCAUUCUGGAUAUUGGUGUUCUACUACCUGGGGCUGCUGCCUUUUGUCUCCAUCCCUGAGAAGUUUUUCUUCUGUUUCCUGCCCACCAUCAUCAACAGGACUUAUUUCCCAUUUUCCUGUGGAUGGAUGAACAAACUGUCGGCUACAGUUACAAAAUGGAUCAUCAUGAGGAAAAGUCUGAUCCGACACUUGCAGGACAGAGGGGUGCAGGUACUAUUUUGGUGCCUUAAUGAAGAAUCAGAUUUUGAAGUGGCCUUCAACUUGGGAGUCAAUGGUGUCAUGACUGAUUACCCCACAGCCCUGAGACACUACCUGGACAAGCAGAAAGGAAGAGACCCAGCCUCCUCAGUCUGAAGCCCUGUCCUUUCUUUCUCUUAAGAAAAAUAAAUAUUUUCUUGUCAAAACAUA